UUCGUUUUAUGCGUAAAUGAUUUUUUUUUUUUCUAUAUGUUGAAUUUAGUUUAUGUACUAUAGCUCUACUAGAUUAUGUACUAUAACUUUACUGAAUUUAAAUGGAUUCAGUUAUUAAAGAAGGUUAUCUAUAUAAGUGUGGCAAAAAAUCUUAUCAGGCUCGUAGGAAAAGAUGGUUUAUUGUAACUACAUCAUCUUUAAAGUACUAUAGCCCAGGAGCUGUUAUUAAGGAAUUGGAUCUGCUUGGAACAAUCGCUUUGACAGAAAUUAUCGCUGUGACAUCUUCAAAUAAAACAAAGCAUGGCUUUGAUGUUAUUACACCAACCCGUACUUAUUAUUUGAUUGCUAAGACAGAUUCUGAAAGAGACGAUUGGAUAAUUACAUUGCAAAAAGCUUAUCAGUCUAAAAGAAGUGAAUUGUCUGGUGUUUUUAAUCCCAUCUGUACUCAGCCUGGUUUAAGCACAAACGAAAAAUCAACCGAGUGUGCUAAUUCAUUUACUGAGGGAAAAAAGUUUCGAUCGUGCACAUUUGAUAAUACAAAUGAAAGUGAAGUUAUUACGAAGCUCAGAUCAAUCUCCAUGAGGGAGUCAGACUUUUUUAAUGAAACCGUCAGCGCUAGUAAUCAAAACUCACCCUUAAAAACUGCAGAAAGUAUUGAUUCUAGCGACACAAAUAAAGGAAUUUAUGAAGAAAUAGAUUUUUACUCUUCUGAUAACGAUGACGAGGAUGAUUAUGAGGUGCAACGUACUGAGGAAUUUAAACUACCUGACCCUAGAGAGGGCAAUUCAUAUGCAUUUAAUCUUAUUAGGGAGCUAUUAAAAAAUGACUUUGAAGAAAAGCAAGAUAUAAUUGAAGAAAACCAUGAUAUAAUUCAAGAAACAAGUAAUAGAAAUGAUAGUGCAAUAACGUUAUUAAAAGCAUUUAUUACUCAGCAUAGUAAUACUUAGAUAUUAACAUCGUCAUAGUUGCUCUUAGAUAUCAACGUCGUCAUAGUAUUACUUAGAUUUUACCGUCGUCAUAGUAAUCAUUAGCGUCGAUUAGUUUGUGUCAUUUUUUAAAAAUCUAUUUCUUGUAAUUUUUUUUUAAAUGAUAAUUUUAUAAAAUUA